UUUUACUGGUUAUAAAUGCCAAACUUAUCUAAUGUAUUGUUCGUGUUUCAUCUUUUAACAUUCUGUUUGAUAUAUUGGACCAACAACUUCCUUCCACAUUUUCAGGGAUCUGGUAUAUUGUGGAACAAGUAUGAUUUUCCUGUAUUCUUGCUCUCGGAGAGUAGUACGAAGACCAUCCAAGAGGUUUCUGAAGAAAUUUUGAAGAGACAGAGAUCUUAUACCACUGUUGUGGCUGAGUUUGAUCUUGUGAUGCAGACAGUGAAAGCUGGAACUCGUGAUUCAGAAUCUUGUUUGAAAGAGGAGACCUGCCUUCCAUUAGGGGGAUACAGUGUUUGGUCAUCACUUCCUCCGCUUAAUAUCUCCUCCUUAGAUCAGGGUAAGCCUAUUAUAUUGACUGUGGCGUCAAUGGAUUCAGCUUCAUUUUUCCGUGACAAAAGCCUUGGUGCAGACUCCCCAAUAUCAGGCAUGAUUGCACUCUUGGCAGCGGGCGAUGCACUAUCACAUUUGGAGGCUUUCCAUGACCUUAAUAAAAAGUAUAUGAUUUUCAAUACGUCUUUAGACAUGUAA